AUGUCUAGAAAAAUUACAUUCGAUAUUCCUGCACAUUAUCAAUUGUUAGAUUUGGUUGGUGAAGGUGCUUAUGGUACAGUUUGUUCCGCUUGUCAUUUACCAACAGGUACCACUGUGGCAAUUAAAAGAAUACAACCGUUCAGUAAACCUUUAUUUGUAACAAGAACUUUAAGAGAAAUCAAAUUGUUGAAAUAUUUCAAUGAUCAUGAAAAUAUCAUCAGUAUCUUGGAUCAAGUCAAACCAAAUUCCAUUGAAACCUUCAAUUCUGUUUAUUUGGUUCAAGAAUUGAUGGAAACUGAUUUACAGAAAAUUAUAGUCAAUCAAAAAUUAUCUUAUGAUCAUAUUCAAUAUUUCAUCUAUCAAAUAUUGAGAGCUUUAAAAUCAAUUCAUAGUGCUCAAGUAAUACAUAGGGAUUUAAAACCAUCAAAUCUAUUACUUAAUUCGAAUUGUGAUUUAAAAGUCUGUGAUUUCGGAUUAUCAAGAUGUUUAGCAAGUAGUGAUAAUUCAAAAGAUACUCUUGUCGGAUUUAUGACUGAAUACGUAGCUACAAGAUGGUAUAGAGCUCCAGAAAUUAUGUUAACCUUCCAAAAAUAUACCACAGCAAUGGAUAUUUGGUCUUGUGGUUGUAUAUUAGCAGAAAUGAUCUCAGGGAAACCUUUAUUCCCAGGUAGAGAUUAUCAUCAUCAAAUUUGGUUGAUUUUAGAAGUAUUAGGAACUCCAUCAAAUGAUGAUUUCGAUGAUAUUACUUCAAACCGUGCCAAAGAAUAUAUUGAAAAUUUACCCUUUAAAUCAAAACUACCGUAUGAAGUAGCUCUGGGAAGAGAUGAUAUGGACCCAUUACUAAUAGAUUUAUUAGACAAAAUGUUGACUUUUAACCCGCAUAAAAGAAUUAGUGCUAAAGAGGCCUUGUCCCAUCCUUAUUUAGCAACAUAUCAUGAACCAGAUGAUGAACCAGAUUAUCCGCCUUUAGAUGUCGAACAUGAUGAUUUCUGGCAAAUGGAUAAUUCAAUUAAAGAAAAUACCGAUGAAGUUCCAUCCAUUGAAUUCUUAAAACAAAUGUUGUACGAUGAGAUACAGAAGCCUUUGAAUUAA